AUAAAUUAAAAUCAAAUUAAUAUGAUUACCUUUACAGAAAAUAAAAGCAGUACUAUUAACACCUAUAACAACACAAAUAAUAAUAAUAAUAAUAAUAAUAAUACUACUACUAAAAAGAAACUUUUAAAAAACAUAUUAAUUCUGUUAUUUCUUUUUUCUUUAAUAAAUUUAAUAUUGUUAAAAAAAAUAAAUUUUAAUUUUAAAAAUAAUCAACAGUAUCAUAAAAAAUAUUAUCAUAACAAUAUUAAUAAUAAAAACGAUAACGAUAAUAACAACGAUAAUAACGAUAUAGAUAGCAAUAGCUUUGUAAAAAAAAAGAUAAUAGAUAGUUUUGAUUAUAGCAGUUUUAGUAAUAGUAAUAGUUUAAUUGAUAACAAUAUGGAAGGAAUUAAAAAAGUAUUUUGGCCCUCAGUUUAUUUUAAAAAGCAAGGUGAUGUUUUACCAAUAGAGUGGAACAAGUGUACAUUAACAAAGUUGGGCAUAGACACAAAUUCUAAAUCAAUAGGAUAUGCACAUAUAGAAUUAGAUAGCGAAAACGGCAAAUUAAUAUUAUCACCAACAAGUCAAAACUAUGAUAAAGAUAUUUACUCUUACAGUAGAGAUAAUAGUUACGAAAGCGAUGUUAACAAGAUAAAGAAGAAACUAGACCAAAAAGUUAUAAUAGCACAUGCCAAAAGCUGUCCAUUUCACGAAUUAGAAAUAUCCAAUUCAAUUAUUCAUAAAGAUUUACAAAUUGAAAAACAAUUAUAUCCACCAGUUAAAGUCGGUGUUGGGGUUUUAGUUGAAGACAGCGAUAAUCAAAGAAUUUUAAUUACAAAAAGAGCAGAGACUCUAAGAAUUUUUCCUGGUGUUUGGGUACUACCUGGAGGUCAUAUGGAACAAAGUGAAACCAUAUUUGAAACUGGUCUUAGAGAAUUGGAAGAAGAAGUUGGUAUUGAUAAAUCAAUGGUAGAUCUAGACUCAUUAAAAGUAAUUGGUAUUUUCGAAAGCUCAUAUCCUAUUUUAUUAGCCCACGAUAAACUACCUGGAGAUCAUCAUAUUGUAAUUUUUAUAAGUGUAAAAUUAAAUAACAACAACGGCAAUAACAAUGAAAAAUCACCAGUUAAUCUCAAACUUCAAGAAGAAGAGGUACAAAUAGGCGCAUGGGUAUCAAAAUCACUUAUGGUUAAAAUAAUGGACGGAAUAUCAACUGAAUACGACCUAUUUAAUAAUCUUAAAGGAGAUAAUACAAACAAUAACAAUAAUGAUAUUAAAAGACAGACACAUUUAAAAAAAAAUAAAGAAGAAUCAAUCGAAGUAGUUUAUCCAAUUAAUAGCAAAAAUGAACAAGAGAAAUUAAGAGGCGACCAAGUUAUGGAUAUGUUUUUUAAAGGUACCGAUAAUAUUGCAAUUGGUACAAUUUAUAUUCUAAAACAAUAUUUAAACAGUGAUGAUUAA